AAGGUGCAGGCCUAUUUUUAUACUUCGGGAACUCACAGCCAGCUCCGGCGAGUUAUUCAAGAUAUGGGCUGGUGUUGUGCCAGCUGGCCCGUCAGGGCGUCCAUUCAACUCAUCUUAUAGAAGUCGCGAUUCAAUAGAUUACAAUCAGGAGCUUGGGAAUGCUAUUGGUAUGUAACACAAUUGUGAAAAGCAAUAAUAGUGUCUCAGUUAUCAUAUCUGAAUCUUAUUUGAGUGAUUAUUGGAUUUUAUGAAUCUUAUGUUUCAGUCAAUUUUGCUCGAAUUGUACAUGAUGGAUUGCUCAUGUUGUUUCCAUCUUACUACCUUCUGGCAAUGCUUUGGGUGCUAGAAGAAUGUGGUGAGGCAUCAAGCAUGAUCAGUUGUAUUGCAAAAUCUGUUUCCCGUAAUUCUGUAGAUAUCCAAUCUUUUUGGGAUAAAUCGCGGGAUAAAAUUUAAUUUAGUUCUACUACUAGAAUCCUUUUCAAUUACUUAAUGAUAGAAUUCAUAGGUUCGGAAUAGUUCUUAAAUGAUAAAAUUCAAUUGAAUUUUAGUGUUUGGAAUAAUUGAAAAAUGAACUGGAUUUAUGUAAUUUCCUGCACUACUGCUACUUAUAAUAACAAGAUCUGUUUUCAAGGGUGUUUUUGGUUUUCAUUGAUGUGCCUCACAACCAUUGAACUGAAUAAAUUGAAUUAUUGCAAAAUCAAUCCUAGAUGAUUUCCAAUUCUUCCAAAAGGCCUUUUUUCCCUUUAAGAUUCACACUAAUAAAGAGGUUUCAAACAUGAGAAUUGAGCAAAUUUGAAUUCAAUUGAAUUCUUGCAUUUUAAGACUUUCUGAAUACAUUAUCGAGUAUAUUUAUGUGUUAUGGUUCAGAGUCAAGCAAAAUUCAACAACAAUAUGGAAAGAAUAUGCAAACAUUAGAAACCUGUUGUAGAACCUAGACAAUCUUCACUGUUUCCUUUGGCAAUUGAAGCAACUAACGCUAUCUGCAAGUUCAAGUAUCAUCAUUCAAAAUAUUUAUCAUUUGCAAUCUCUUAGCAUGUUUUUUUGGGCGUAUGCAUGUGUGUUUUGGCUUGGCCAAGCUGAAAGAUACCUCCACUUCUGAUGCAGUUCUUUUUGCUGUUUGUCAUGGCAAGGUGAGUGAAGGAUUGGAUUUUGUUGAUCAUGCUGGAAGAGCUGUAGUGAUUAUUGUUGCACUUGCAAGGGGAGGCAUGCAAGAUGCUGAAGUUACAGAUUCUAUGUGGAGAAGAUUGGUAAAGUCAACAAGCAUUAAGAACUGUAAAUCAGGCUGUUGGAUGAGUAAUUCGUCACCGCUAUGAUUAUAGCACAAUUAUUUUCUGUGAUUAAAGGUUCUAUCUUUUCUCCCCCUGAAAUAUAUGAUAUUAGUUUUGUCCAACCAUUCACUAAAAUGUACGAAUAUGACCAAUCUUCAAAUGGGUUGCCAUCAUAUUUAUUAUGGUUUUUACUGAUUUUAUGAAUCACUUUCAAAAUUGUAGUUGACAUUAGAUUAAAUUGGAUUUGGUGGUCAAAAUUGUGGUUGCUGUGAAGUGUUGAUCAACAUGAUUGUGGUUUUAGAUUUUUGUGGUUCUUGCUUAAACUUCUAAAAAUGUAACAGGUCUUCAAAUUCAAAUUCUCAGUCACAAAUAUCACUCUGGAUACAGACUCAUAUCAAGGUACAAGCUGUAGGCUUUUGAAUGCUGAUUUUGGUCUACAAAGCUUUUGCAUGUACCUAUUUCUGCUUUUUCAGUGUCAUUCCAAAUUUGGGGAUGUGGUUUUACAUUGAGCUGCUUUUUUCGAGAUGGAGGAGUGCAGGUUCCCACAAAACUUAAGUCAAUACAAAGUGAAGACAUUGAUAAAAUAUCUUUGUGCUAAAUGAUAUUACUAGUUUAUUGUUACUAUGCUUUCUGUCUGUAGCUCUGUUCUGUUUGUUUAAUAAUAUUGGCAGUUUCUGUUUGCCAUUGGUGAGCUGCCCUACUGAUAUGGAACCCUGGGUGCUCGUUCCUGAAACCAGAAUAAUAUAUUUCAACCAAAAACAAAAUAUGCUUGUAGAGGCUUGAACCUAUGCAGUGGAAAGAUAUCUCAUUCUUUUUCAUUGUUGAAUUAAGUCUUCCAUUCUUGUCUUUUAAACAAAAACAAUUUAUGCCUUGACUUGGUGAUGUCUUUGGUGCAGAAAGUGCCAGGGAGGUGAAAACUUCACAAUCUGUGGACUAAUUUU